AUGCCGUUUGGAUGGCUCCAGUCGCCAGAAGUGCUGACAGGCACCAGUCCUGACACCCCUCAUCAACAAGAAGUGAUAGGAGAGGAACAAGAGUCAGUAGUCCCAACCCUUUCUUUGAUGACACUAACAGGGAUGAGGUCCAAUACUGGCAAGCAGCAUCAAGAGUGGCCAGUAGACUGGAACAAGACCAAGAAGGAGCCUCAUGCCUACCAAGGCAUAGUCCAGUGGUACCAAACCCAAUACGGCCGACCCCCCACUCCCUUGCCAACUACCUCGAUACUGCAGUUGGCACUCCCGACUCUCUGUUCUGAGAACUGGCCACUCCUGUCAGUGAGCCCGACCCCUAGACCAGACCAGCCAGAAUCGUCCAUACCGACAACUACCACCAUGGGGAGCCGACACUCCUCGACGAUGACCGCCCACUAUCAUAUGGGACAGACACCAUCACUGAAACUGAUGAUAUCCCCAUCCAGAGAAAUGGGAUACUGUCAAACCUCGGAUCAAUCAGGGGUGAUGACAAACAUAUUGACCCCACUGGGGACCUCAAAAGAGUCCUCGAUGGGCCAAUUGCUGCCCUUUUCCUCCAUCCCAGGUUCUACAGAAACUUCUGCUGGUAUUGCAGAGCAGUGGCACCACCAGCAGAAGAAGAAGAGGAGCAGCCCAACCGGGAGCCUACUCCUCGAUCUGGACCUGACAACACUGAGUCAAGUGCUCAGCCCCGACCUAUCUGCCCUGGAAACCUUCAGCCAGCAAGGCAGUUCCCUCUGUGAGGGAACCACUGACAAGAGGGCUGAAAAGGACAACGAGGCUGAGGAGGAGGACCAAGGGGGCCAAGCAGUGGACCCCAUCCUUGAGUGGAGAAGUAUCAUCAGCAUGAUCAUGUGCUAA